GCGCAUUGACCGACUCCACUAACCACAAGGCCCAUCUGCUCUGCUCUCUUCCGUUGAACGAUCCAAGCCUGCAGCUCAUAGCCACACCCAUUCUCCGACCUCGUUUCCCUAUCUUACGGGACAAAGCGCCUUCACAUCGCAUUGUCGGCCAGUCAGCUCGCCACUAGCCUUGCCGACACACCACCUCCGCGCUGUUGUCCCCGUCGCCCACCGCAACUUGGUCUUCACCACGGAGCUUAGUUGCUAUUGUCCGUAUUCAAGCUCGCACUGCUUCAAUUCACAUCCCGAAACUACAUACGCAGUCCAGCAAUCGACCGAGAAACGCUUCUCAUAGGCCAGCAUCGCCGGCCCUUCUCCCUAGGUACCCUACUCUGCUACCCGCGAAGCGCAACCUUGACAUCCCCCGCGUCUGGAACACGACACAUCCACCACCAUGACAGACGCGCCAGAGAAACCGCAGGCCACAGCCACAGCUGCUACAGCCUCUGAAGACACCACCAAAGCUGUGCCCACUUCUCCAGCGCGGAGCGAUAAGAGCAGCGACAGCGAAGGCAAGAAUGUGAGGGAAAAGCUCAAGGAUACACAGAUCGAUGCGCAGGCCACAUCAGAUCCCACCGCGAGUUCCGAUCGGCGCAUGCACGAUGCACCCAACGGUAGCGCCAAAGUAGGCGAACACAGCGCCUCUGGCUCAGAUAGUGAGCGCGGUCGGUUACGACGAAAGCGCAGCCGCGAGGACUUUGAGGAUGAAGCAGAAGUAGACAAGCACCCGGAAAAGAAGGUUGAACGGCAUGCGCGCAAAAGGUCAAGGGAUAUUACAGCCGACCUGGAGGCUGCUGCGCCUAGAAAGCCUUCUCCCAGUACUAUCACAAGCAUCAAAGAGAACGAUGGAGACGACCAAAUGACAUCGCCAAACAAGAAUGCCUCCACAACGACUACGGCCGACAAAGCUUCAGGAGCCGGGACAAGCCCCAAGAACAAGCGGACACGCGAUCAGGUUGAGAAGGAUACCGAAGCUAGCGCAGAAGCUUCGGAAGGUGCAUCUACCAAUGGAAAACCUGCAGAAAAGUCGGUGGGCGAUGAGCGAGACUCUAAGCGAUUGCGAGACAAGGAGGAAGUUCAACCUACCACUGAUGCAACAGAAUCUAAAACCAAGACAUCGCUAACCGGUGGGUUUGCCAAUUCUUCCGCCGUAUCACCUUUUGCCGCCAUGGCACCGAAACCUCAAGAACCAAAGGCCUCCGAUAAAGCCGAGUCAUUACCUCAAACAUCAGACGAAAAGUUCAAAGGAUCUGGUUUCAGUGGCUUUGCCGCCUCAUCUACGUCGCCAUUUGGGGGCGUUGCUGCUUCCAAGCCAAAUGCUAGUUCGCCGUUCGGUGGGGCGAGCGCGGGCAAAUUGUCCUCUUUUGCAGGAAGUGCAGCUCCUUCAAUAUCUUCAAGUGGUGGCUUCGGGGCGCUUGGAAGCUCAAGUACUUCCGGAUUUGGUGGCAGCUCUUUUGGAGGAUCUCUAGGCGGUGGUUUUGGGGGCUUCAGUGCAGCCAAGCCCAUAGGCUCUUUUGCUGCCCCCGGUGGUAGCUUGGAGAUUAAGGGUCUCAAGGAGAAAGAGAAGCCUUUUGGUGCAGCCGCAAUCGGCGAACCAUCUGAUGACGAAGACGAUGAUGAUGACGACCCAGAGAAGGCCACAGACAAAGAAGAGCGACAUUCGAGUCAGCCACUCCUUUCACAACAGCCACAUGAGACCGGUGAAGAGGGCGAAGAGACUAUUUGGACCGGCCGCGCAAAGCUUUACACUAUGGCUGGCGAAGGAUCGAAUCGAGGGUGGAAAGAGCGUGGCGUAGGAACAUUCAAGCUCAACAUCACAAUUGACGAACCCAAGAAGGCUCGUUUCGUCCUACGCGCAGAAGGCACCCAUCGACUGCUGCUCAACGCUGCCGUCACAAGUAACAUGGUAUUCGGCGGCGAUGCACAGGGCGAGAAGCCGAAGGACACGCGGUUACUCUUCAACUCGCCCAAUCUCGAGGGCGAGCUGGAGAUGCACUUACUAAAGUUGAGGGCUGAGAACGCGCAGCAGCUAUGGGAAGAAGUCAAAAAAGUGCAAGAGGAACUGUAGGAUACUUUUAUUCAGAAGCAUUGGUAGCUUGGAAGUGGAAAAAACCGUGGUCGCUAGAUCUGGAUACGACACAAUUGGUAUUGCGCCAUGGGGCUGCAUUGAGGUCAAUCAAACGGAAAGACGAAUACGUCUCGAUGACUGAAUGAGGGAUGAGAGCACGACGACACGGCAUUUGGAGGCUUCCUAAGUGAUAUCCACUGCACCGUACACAUUGGUAGACCGGCGAAGCAUUAGUCUUGCCUGCACAG